GUUAAACUGCUGCGUACAACUUCGGAAAUUUCAUCUAAAAAACAUCGGUAAAACCCUAACCUCUCUCACACACACUCGCGCAAUGGAGUUUUGGGGUGUUGAGGUUAAGAGCGGACAAAAUUUUAAGGUCGAAUUGGAGAAUGAUGGAAGUAGGAUUCUGCAUCUGUCACAGGUUGCUCUUGGUGAGGUGACUGGUGAUAAAAAGAAAGAGAAAGUAGACGAAAACAUUUGUAUCUACCUCAAAUUCAAAAAUGAGAAGUUUGUGAUUGGAACACUUUCCCAAGAGAAAUUCCCCCAGAUACCAUUGGAUUUGGUGCUGCAUGACAAAUUUGAACUGUCUCAUAACUGGAAGAAUGGUAGUAUCUUUAUCACUGGGUAUUAUGUCGAUUCAACUCAAGGUGGUGAUACCGAGUCUGAAGAGGAGCUCCCACAACCUACAAUUAAUCUCACAAAGCCUCAUGCUACAACAUCUGAUCCUUCUGCAUCACGUCUGGUCAAGAUUGUGGAACCAAAAAAAGAUGAAGUUAGCAGCGAUGAUGAGGGUGAAGAUGAUACUUCUGCUGAGGAUGAAGAGUCCAGUGAGGAUCAGGAUCCUACCAUGCCAAUUAAUGGUGAGAAGGAAAAUGAUGUUGAUACCAGCAGUAAUGAGGAUGAUAGUGGAGAAGAAAGUUCUGAUGAGGAUCAAGAGACACCUGAGAAGGCUGGACCAAGCAAGAAGAGGUCUGCAGAGUCGGCUAGGAAGUCCCCUGUUCCUGAAAAGAAGGUGAAGCUUGAGACACCUCAGAAGACAGUUGUCUGUGCAGAUGGCAAGAAAGCAGGUGGACAUACUGCAACACCUCACCCCUCGAAGCAAGCUAAAAAAGCUUCAGCUGCUACUGCUCAGGCGAAGCAGACUCCAAAGUCUGGUGGUUCAUUCCCUUGCAAGUCCUGUGGCAGGACAUUUGGCUCUGAGAAUGCUUUACAAUCUCACUCAAAGGCAAAGCACGGUGCUGCUGCCGUGUAAAAAUCGAGUGGUGGUUGAAUAUUUUGGAAUGGAGGAAUGGGGCCUUAUGAACAUUUAAAAUGUUUAGUUUGAAGUAGAUGUAUUUGAUGUAGUAGUGUCGUUAA